AUGCUGCGAGCCUUACUAGGAGCAAAGCCUAUAGAUUCCAACUCCUUUUUCACCACCCUCUCAUCAGAGAAAAGUAAUUCCAACACUGAACUCAGUGCUGCUCGUUUAUCAAAAGAAAAGCACUGCAAGAGUCAGCACAUAAGAAGUUCACCAGAUGCUCUAAAUUGCGUGCAGGCUAGAACACAAAACCCAGAUCAAUUAAAAGAAACUUCUCCUACGCUCCAUCAGCAGCAAGGCUGCUCACCUCCUCUGAGUGGCCCACCAAGAUGCAAGUUCUUGCCAAUUGGACAAACUGAACCACCUACUGAUGACCAAAUAAUAGAAUAUAUUUUAGAAAAGGUGAAGUAUUAUACGACUGUAGGGGUUAGUAAGAGACUCCCACUCUCAAAUAAGAGGGGGACUUUUAGCACCAAUGAGCAGGACUCCAGACUCCAGUCUGGCUCAAACAGUGCUGCCCUUCUCUCCACAGUCUCUGACAAAAAUGUGGAGAAGCAAAGUCCUAACUGUGUUGUGGAAGAGCAGAGUGCUGCUGCAGUUGGACAAGAACUUGAAGAGGAUCGCUCAAAGGACAACAAAGCAAUGGCUGACUGUUCUCCCAAGUCUAAAGAGAUGGGUGAUUGUACAACAUUGACAUCAGAGAACAAUUCAACAGAAUAUCCUCAUAUUAUGAUGAAUGUUGCUGCCAAUUGCACGAAGAAUGAAGUUGAGAGUCCAGUGGUUCUUACCGCAUUGUCUGGAAUUCCCUUGAAUGAACUGACUGAAAGGUACCCCAGUUCAAGGGUCAACUGCAGCUCAUCACAAAAAGAGUGGAAGCCUGCUUGUUUAAAUAUUAACAAGAACGUGGAUGACCUAGACCAAGAACCUGAUGUUUUUGGGGCUCUCAAAUGCAUGACCGUGAAGGAUAGAGGAUUUAUAGGCCAGAAACCAAUGGAGACAGUAUGGUUGGACAGUGUGCAAGGUGUCUCAGAGGAUCCUACACUAGUGUCAGGUUCAGUGGUAUGUGAAAACAAAACAUUGGAACUCACAUCACCCAAUGACAAUCACGAUGCAAAUACAAAAAAACUGAAAAGCAUUGAAGAUUCACAACAUUGCAGUGUUACUUCUAAGGACAUAAUUGAACUUUCCAAUCCAAAUUCAUUAAUUGAUCAGAUUCAUCCUACACAACAAAGUGAACACAUUUGUAAAGGUGCAAGAGAGAAAGCAGGUUCUGUGUGUUCAACAAAGGAUUUAAGCACAACUCUUUCUGAAAACAAAGCCAAAAAACAGGUAAUUCCAUCUGAAAGUGAGGGUGAAGAAGUACUGGGUCGGAAAAUUUCGCCCCAAUCCAAUCCACAAUAUGAAGACAUUUCAGAUGAUGAUGUGCCACAGUUGUCCAUAGAACUUCCAAAAAAUGAGGAGCAUGAGGAAUUAAACUUUCAAACAUGUUUUGAACACCCACACUAUGAAGAUGUAAGUGAAGAUGAAAGAUCACAAGUUGAGAAUCCUUCACUUGCACAAGUACCUGAACCUAAUGAUAAACAGUCACUAUUUGAAAAUGAAGGCUACAAACAGAGUCAGGCUCACAUGAAGACAGACAUAAUUUCAGCUGAGACAGCAAUUCCAAAGAAACAAGUUUCACCCAAGACAGCAGUACUUGCUGAUGCCGCCCAGUAUUGCUGUUAUCCAUAUUUUGGUGAGACUGUUGAUGGUUUUGAAGGUCUAUUAUGUCCUAAAUGUGACAGUGAGGGACUUCUGGCAAGGCAACCAAAGCACUCAGUUUCAUAUAGUCUUUCCAAUGCUUCAACAUGUGAAGAUCCAACUGAGGAUCAGGAUGAAGAUCAGACUGAGGAUGAGGAUGAUGAUGACGACUGGCUAGUCAUACCAAUAAGCAUGUCAGACAUUACAUUUGGACCAAAAGAUGAAGACCAGAAUGGCUCUGAAGAAGUUGUGCUAAAUGGUAAAAAUGGAGACAAUGGAAGACAGGGUGGCACAAGUCCAACACACACUGUCUUACCUUGCCCACCUCCAAAACCAGUACCAGUUUCUACUUUUUCCCAGUUAGAGGUCUUUGACACAAUUGAGAGCUUUCAACUAGCAAAAGCUGUACGGGUUAGGAAUUGUUUUGAAGUGUCACCAGGCGGGUGCACAGCAGAGUAUGAAAAGGACACUGAGGGAGAACCACAUGCAUCUCGGAGGAGGAGAGAAUCCUAUUCUGAAUCUGAAGACAGCAGUACAACUGAAGACAGUUGUGAUUACUCAUCUGGAUCAGAACAGAACUAUAUGACUGUGUCCAGGCACUUGUUGGAGAGGUCAGCCCGUCUUCCCCCAAAGAGAUCUCAUUCUGUGUCUGAAAAAGAGAGCAACAGUGAUAAAGUUAAAAUUGAGCAAAAAAGUCAGACUAGCAACUCUGUCAAGUCAGACUGUAUGGAAAAACUUAAACAGCUGGUAACAGCCAAGGUUUACUCUAAGCAUGUUCAACCCACAACAAACACCAAAAGGAGGUCUAAAAAGGAAUAUAUAAUAUCUCUUGAUUCUGACACAGAAGAUGAUUGUGACCAAAACUAUGACGAGAAGACAAAAAGGAAGAGAUUGUUUUCAGGAUCAAGAUUAGUGAACAGUGGAGACACAAUAUGCAGUCAACAAAGAGAUUCACCUGAAAUUGAGGAAUGUGAAGCUGUUAAAGAAAGUUUAAAUAAAUACAGAUCAUCUGCAGACUCACCAGCACCACAACACCGGUCUAAAAUUAAUAAAUCACAUGUUAAAGAUGUGAUAGAGGAUGCAUGCCCUGGACAGUCACCCAGCACAGAAAAGAGUGGACAGCUGAUUGAGGCCAAUUCUGCAAUAACCCUGAGCUCUGACACAGAGGACAGUGAAAAUGAACAUAACAAUAAAAAGGCAAAGAGGAAAAGAUUACAUUUGCCAGGGUCAGCUGAUAGUGGUGAUGCCACUUGUCUUCAACAAAACAGCCACGCACAUGAACCUGUGGACACUCAGUGUGGAACUGCAAGUGAGCCACUUCAAGAACCUAGACUGUCACCUGCAGAGACCAUCAGACAAAAAAACUCAAAAGAGACCAAGGUUUUCCAUGGUUCUGAGAGAAUGGCUAAAAAUGACGAUUUCUGCAAAAAGAAGGUAAAGAAGAACAAUGUUAAGGACUUGUCUGCUACACAAAGUGGACCUGAAACUGUGGACCAACAGUCAUAUGCAUCGUCACCAGAGAAGCAGCCCUGGUCAGUAGACAAGGAGGAGGACUCUAGAUUGGUUCCUAAUCCUGGGCUUGUUCGCCUUAUUGUUCGGCCAUCUUCUCCAGCCAGUAAGCGCUUGAAACUGGUAAAAGAAUCAAGAGGCCACCACAAGAAGAAAUAUGAAGCUCAGGUUUCAAAGACCCCCACUGAAACCAGCAAGAAGAAUGACUCCUGUGACACAAAUACACAAGGUUUAUAUAGAAAUAGAAAAGAAAAUCAGAGACACCAUGAAAAUCAGGGUCAAGGAAUCGUAACAAAACCCAAGUUAGUUUCAAGGCAACUCUCAUUACCUAACCAAGGCCCAUCCACCUCCACCAGUAGAUUGUCAUCCACAAGUGGAAACUUUUCUGAGGCCAGAAGAAGCUCAGUCUCAAGAGGUUCGUCUCAGUCUGAAGUAAUGUCCGCCUCCUCCGCUUCUCCUAAAUCUAAGCAGAGUCAGCCUAUUCCCAGACAUCUACCUUCAUCCAAAAUAAAGCGGUCUCACUCUUAUAGCUGCCCCUCAACAUCUACUAAAAGCCCCCCGUCCUCUGCAAGUACAUACUCCUCAGCAAAGAAGGCAAGGCAACAAGUGACUGAAGACUGGAACAAUGGCUUUUUCCCAACCAGGAGAGACCGAAAGCAUAGCAUGAGGAUAGAGGAUAACUCCAGAACCGCAAAUAAUGAUUUUCAGAGGGAAGCUAGACCAGGACCUAGUCGAUAUGAAAGGACACCCAGACAGGGGCACAGAUACCACAACCCUCAAAAAGCCCUGAUGAAGAAGUCUAUUUGUGAGGCCACAGAGUGGACAAAUCACAUACAUCGGAAAGCACCAAUGGAACCAAGAAGAGUCCAUGAAGGUUACAAGUGGUCAGAGAAGCCAACAAAAGGUUCUGCUAGAAGGCAGCAGUGCAGAUAUUCUCCAAGACCUCAUUAGUGAGAAAAGGAUGCCAGUGUCUCUGUAUCCAGUUUGUUUCAGCACCAAAGGGACAAAUUGUCGGUUGGUCAAUGCAAUCAUACCUGUUGUAACUAAUUCUAUCUUUGAUUUUUCAAAGCAUAUGUGUAUAACACAACAGUCUAGUUGAUAAAUGUUGUAAAUCUGUAUAUUAUGGAUUUUAACUUUUUUUUUGUAUUUAGUGUGUACUGUAUAUUCAUACGGUGUUUAUGAUAAUAUCUAGAAGUUUGAAUAUUUUGGUGUCCAUAAGAAACAAAUGUUCUUUUUACCAGCUACCUCAGAAUGUAUAAAUCCAGCAAAAAUUCUUUUUUUUUUUUUUUCCUCAGAAUGCUGUCUAAAUUUGAAGCAUCAUCAUAUGCUUUAAGUUGAAUAAUUUUGUGCUUUGAAAACUCAGCUCUGAUUACAUGUUUCCUAAGGUGCAGUCUGAGGUUGCAUUCCUUUUAAAAAAUGUUCAUAUAAAACUAUAAAAUCUCUUAAAUUGAUAAAUUCCUGUGUGACUUGUAUGUACUUCUAUUUCACCACUAGAGUGAUACAUUGCACUUACAUUUGCUCCUUAUGAUACACGCUACUGCAUGUGAUGAACCACUUUUGUGACCUGUUUUCGUCUGGGGCAGUGACAGUAUAUUACCACUUCAGUCAAAGUUACAUGUAAUUAAAUUGGCAGCUUCUAAAGUUGUGACUCCACGGUAUUGACCCAGUGAUACAUUUUAAUAGCUGUGAUAUCAGAUACUAGUGUCUUGUCAGUGGAGCUGUAACACGUCAUUUGACAAUAUUUGGACAAUCGGGUGCACUUUGGUUCCAGCCAAGAUUCGGUUUCCUGGAAUUCUACUCGUAAGUGUUGGCGUCCUGAACUCCCUUGGGAAUAUCAACAUGGUAAAAACAACUCCUUACAAGGAGCCGCGUCCACCACGCUGUCCCCACCCAACUCCCUACAAGGAGUUGGUAAAAACAACACAGCAAAAACAAUUAUUGACCUUUUGCCUUUUCUUGCUGUUUUCACAUUUCACUUAUGAUGCACACAUAUCUGCCUCUACAUAGUGAAAAGGAUAACAGGACAAUUAAGAUGACAAUACAACAUGGUUA